UGUUCGCUGCGGAAAGAAACACAAACUAGAGGAGGAAGCAGAUGGCUGUCCUGUGAGGAAGAGGAGACUGACUGCGACCAAGCAUUGCCCUCUGACUCCCAGCCCUGAAGAGUGGAUUCUCUGUGCAGGUCAGCAGGCAGCUGGGGAGUUAGCAGGUCAGUGCGGUGGUAGCCUUCCUGAAGCUGGCAUGUUAGAAAUUUCCUGUGAAGAAAUGGAUCAGACAAUGGGGGAACAGCAGUACGAGGUUGCCCGCAGGAAGCUUCAGGAAAUUGAGGACAGGAUAAUUGAUGAAGAUGAUGAUGUUCAUGCUGAUGGACGUACUAGCAAUCUGCCCACUCUUGUCCUGUCUGAUGCCCUUAAAAAAGGGAUGAAGAGGGAUUUUGGUGAAGUCCUGACAAAGAAAAUAAUAGAGUCCAUGAGCCGUCCCUCAAUGGAGCUGGUGCUUUGGAAACCUCUCCCUGAAUUCCUCACAGACAAACUGAAGUCUGUUUCUGUUGCUAAAAACUUCAAGCAUCAGGAAACAGAAGGGUGCCAGGCUAAGCAGUCAGCAUGUGGAGCUGCCUUCCACCCACAGACUGAAACAUUCUCUGAAGCACAACGGACUGUGAUGUCGCCAGAUCUGUAUGUUAGCUUGGGAGCCCCUGGGUGUGCAGAAGAGGAAAUGGAAUUGUAGAAGCCAGAUUGCAGACUGAAAUGUACACAUUUUUGAAGGUUUUUGUGGCUGGUUUUAAUUCUCUCUUCGCUUUUGGUAUGAGAUGUGGAUCUGAAGUGUUAUUAUUUGGGUUGUGUUGUUUUUAUGGUAACAAUCAGAAGAAUGUGGAUUUGGGCAGUCACAGCUCUAAGAAAUGGAAGAGAAGCUUUUAUAGUCCAAUAACAAUAACAUUUUUACAAGGAAAUCCCAUGAACUUUGGAACAGGGAAGGAGUUCUCCAACUGGCUUAUUGGGAAAUGUCCUUUUAGCAGUUGCCUUUGGUGAGAAGUACACAGCAGAUACUGAAUGUAAUAGGGGAUCAACCCACCCCUUAUGCUUGCUGAGCCAUUAAGAUUUUGGUGUAUGCUUUGCUUGCUGUGCUAGCUUGUUUGGGAUUGCACAAAUAUUUUGAAAGCAGAAGAUAUCUUUUGAGUUGAAUCUGAGGUAGACAAGCCACCUUUGUGAAAAAGCAGUUCUGUACUUUUUGCUUCAUUUGUGACUGGCUUGAGCUCAACCUUAAAAUGCAAGCCUAGAAAACUACUGUUCUGCAGCGUGGUAGGGAAACAGAAGUUAGAACUACACUAGUAACCUGUGCUUUUGCUGUUACUAGGAAGUAAAAUUGGUGACUGAGUUGAAAAGUUGGCUAUUUAAUUUUACUUGCUCACUGGCCCAAAAAACUGUUUAAAAAGAAAAAAAUAGUUUGGUUUUUUCUGACCUAUCCAAACAGAAGUGUAGAAGAUGGAUAUUCUCAGUAGACGAGUUUGGAUUUUGAUCUAGAGCUGCUGCUCUUUGCAGUGGAUUGGAAAAGCAGGCAUGGCCUCGGAUAAUGUUUCUGAGGUGACUGGUGCUAAAUGACUUGGCGCCUUUGGUUUUUAAUCUGAGGAAAAUAAUGUGCAAAUUGGAUAUAGAGAAGCACCUUUAAUUGAGUUAUUGAUAAAUGCUGUUGCAGCAAAGGCCAAAUCCUGCUUGCCAUACAAGAAUAUCCCAAACAUCAGUUGUGUGGGCUCCUUUACACUGGCAAGGCAAAAAGAUUUGGCUCUAAAUUUAACAAAGUGAAGGUUUAUCUAAACUAGAAGAACACAUAAUUAAUCAGCAUUAUACUGAGUUUAUUUGGGGAAUCAGAUGAUGCAUGUAGCAUUACCUGAACUUCAUAAGAAGAAUAUGCCACUGAACAGUAUUGUAGGA